UAUUGCAUCGACUGGCACUUUGCCCGACAUACUUUGCGGAACCAAGAUGAGGCGUCAUCGUGUUGGCGCAGACGAAGUGGUGGACCCCGCACUAUUCCCCCUCAACGUUCUGGGCAAAGAGUUCAAGGAUGCGGUGGGGCAGAAGGGCACCUUCAACUAUACCGUGCUCUUCUUCGCGUUCCUCUCUUACCAUACUUACGAACUGCACAUGAUCUUCAUGACCUACGCAACAGCAAGCUACAACCACUGGUGCAAGAAGCCUGACACGCUUGCAAACAUAUCAGACUCUGACUGGCUGAAUGUCUCCAUACCAAAGGACGAUAGAGGGGUCUUGUCCUCUUGCACCAGGUACGAACCCGCAGUUCCGACUGAUGACUCCGCAAAGAGAACCAUAGUUCCUUGCGAAUCCUGGCAGUUCCAGUUAGAAGGACACGGACACACCAUCGUUACGGAGUGGGAUUUGGUGUGCGUCAGAGAAGGGCUUAUCAUGUCCUCCAACAUGCUCUACCUUUUCGCCAUAAUGACGAGCCAACCUAUCGCUGGAAAUGUGUCUGACAGACUUGGCCGUUAUACAAUGAUUCGCUUGUCCUCGUUUCUGAUCAUGAUCGGAGGGUUCGGAGUGAUCUUCGCCAGGUCACUGACCAUGUACAACGCCUGCCGCUGCAUCGUAGCAAUUUCCAGUGGUGUCGUCUAUGUACUUCCAUUCGUUCUUGCAAUCGAGAGCAUUCCAGCCGACUUGCUGACGACCUACACCAUAGUCAUUCAAGCUGGCAUGACCACAGCCGGCUUGGAGCUGCACUUCAUAGACAAACAGAUGGCGAUGGGGUGGCGAAGCUUACAAACAAUUAUCAUGGUCAACACUACCGGCAUGUUCUUGGCAACAUUCCUCAUGAAGGAAUCGCCCGAGUGGUUAGUGAUCAGUCAAAGACUCGGCGAAGCGGAAAAGCUUGUGCUACGUGCGGCCAGAAUCAAUGGGAUGGCCGACGCCGAGGUGAAAGAAAAAAUCAACAAGGCCUUGACCAAGUAUGAACGGUCUCGAAAACAGAUAUCGACGUCCAAAGUUGGGUGCUUGGGUCUCUUCAUUCCCACGCUCCGCCGCAAGACAGUGAUUCUGGCAAUCGCCUGUACAUCCCUGUCGACGGCCUAUUACAUCUUCAUUGUGGAGCUGAAUACGUCGGAUAUGUCCAAGAUAUUCCCCUGGCAUCUCUUCAUUUCCGCUUUGGGCCUGGGCGUCUCCUACAUGGUAGCCAGCAUGGUCGGAAUACGCUUCACCGCCUCUGGCUCCCUAAUCAUAUCGGGAGUUCUCUUCGGGGGUUUCACAUUUGUCAAGUCACGGACCAGCGAUGCCCUGCUGAUUUUGUUUUUAAGCGCGACCGUGGUGAUGCUAACAAUCACUGCCUUCCGUAUGCUUCCCGCUCUUAUUAUGACUCACUAUCCGACAGAAAUGCGCGCAACUGCGAUGACCACCUUCAGCGUCUUCACCUACUCCGGUGUCUUCACCAAGGGUUUCACAACCUUUCUGGAUUCUUACGUAAAGGGAAUAGGAUCCUACUUUUUUGGGGCCACCUGCAUUCUUGUUGGAGUCCUGGUUCUACUGCUACCAGAACCGCACGAAACCGUCCACGAAGAUGGGCUUUACUCACCAUCGAGUCCCAUGGCCACGCGUCGAGUAGGGAUGUCUGAGCUGAAGUCUUUCGCAGCUGAAAAGGCGGCUUCGCCGAAAACAGUCAGAGGAGCGGUGGAGCAGCUUGGAGAGAUGGUCCGGUCAGCUAGUCCGACCGGGAGUCCAAUCUCACUCAAGAGUCCAAUCCCACUCGGUCCACGGAGUCCACACGGUAUCAAAAGUCCCGUUCGGAAAAAGAAUGUGAAGAAGUAACCAGGCCGAAACUACUACUUAUACCGUUAUACAGUGAACCAAUAAUUUUUUAUGGCACUCCGUUAGAUGUUGUCAUGGGAUGUACCUAAUGAACGCGCUCCAGCUGGAGCGAUUUAAGCUGUGCUGAUCGUUAUGCAAAUAUAUGACGCAUUCUGGUGGGUCUCGUGCAAAGAAGGAAA